CCUUAUCUUUGAGCUGUCCCUUCUUCCACCAAAAUUCUCACGCUUGAUUUUUAUAAUGCAUAAUCCCUUCCAAAACGUUGGCCACCCAUCAACUCCUUCCACCACCACAGCCGCUGGCACCGCCGCAAAUGGAGACCAAACUUGGGUUCAGUAUAACAAUUCCAAGAUUCCUCACUGCUUCGUUCAGAAAACCAUUGAUUUCUGUGUCUGCUUCUCCUUCUCUGCCUUUUUCUGUUUCAGGGGUUCAGUCAAUUCAUUUCAAUGGCAGAAAGUUGUCUACUAAACGCAGAUUGUUGGUUAUUUCUCCUCGGGCCUCCACUGACCAGCAAGGUCAGGUUCAAGAAGAUGAGGUUGUCGACAGCAAUGUCUUGCCCUAUUGUAGCUUAGAUCAAAAAAAGAAGAAGUCUGUCGGGGAGAUGGAACAAGAAUUUCUUCAAGCGCUUCAGUCAUUCUACUAUGAAGGCAAAUCUAUCAUGUCAAAUGAGGAAUUUGAUAAUCUUAAGGAAGAACUUAUGUGGGAAGGGAGUAGUGUUGUGAUGCUAAGUGCUGACGAGCAGAGGUUUUUGGAAGCGUCAAUUGCUUAUGUAUCUGGGAACCCAAUAAUGAGCGAUAAAGAGUACGAUGAUCUGAAAAUGAAGCUCAAGAAGGACGGUAGCGAAAUUGUAAUUGAGGGUCCUCGUUGCAGUCUUCGCAGUAGAAAGGUUUACAGUGACCUUUCUGUUGAUUACCUCAAGAUGUUUCUACUAAAUGUCCCAGCUGCAGUUGUUGCAUUAGGAUUGUUUUUCUUCCUCGAUGAUUUGACUGGAUUUGAAAUCACCUAUCUUUUGGAGCUUCCAGAGCCCUUCAGUUUCAUUUUCACAUGGUUUGCAGCUUUUCCUUUGAUACUAUGGUUAUCCUUCACAAUUACAAAUGCUAUCGUGAAAGAUUUCCUGAUCUUAUCGGGACCCUGUCCGAACUGUGGCACUGAGAAUAUUUCAUUCUUUGGGACCAUAUUGUCUGUAUCUAGUGGUGGUUCCACUAACACCGUAAAAUGCUCGAAUUGCGGGACAGAGAUGGUUUAUGAUUCAAGUACGCGGCUGAUUACAUUGCCUGAAUGAAGUGAAGCAUGAAUUGAGGCACUAAUGGGAUUCGGAAGCGAGAGAAGAACUAAUGAAAUGGCGCAAGUCUGAGUUCAGUGUAUAUACUAUGUGGUUGCUGCAUAACUGGUUUUAUGUCUAUAGAUAUGUUUAUCUUGAGUAUGUUCAUAACUUCAUAUGUAAAUUUCUUACAGGUUCGUGCACUGUAGAACACAGAUGCUUGACUAUUUUGAAGGAAAUCAUUCAGUAAAACACAUACUAUUUGAGCA